UAUCGGCUAUCGAUAGUCAGAACGCCGCUAAUUAAAAGCGGUAAGCAGUGUUAUUUAUGCAAAACUAAAGAGAGUAGUUUGGGUCAAUAAUUAAUAUACUUAAUUUCUGAGGCAACUGGAUCAUUUAUUGAGUGUUUGCCACUGUUUAGGGCCACUCAAACAAUUCGCGCCCGCCGAACAUAUACACAAAGCGCGCGCAGGGUUGCAUGUGGCGCCGUCGUCACACUCCAACAUCAACACACACAAGUACACAAAUACGCAAGAGAAAGUACCGAGCCAUUUUGGAAAAUACAAUUCCGCCAUAUUUACCGGCAAAAUUCAAAAUAUUUACACUGCCGGUGGUCACCAGAGCGGCGUCCACCGUACAGUGCAUCAAAUCAGGUGCCGGGCCAGCAGCGUGGCGGGGCGGAGCGAACGGAGCGCAUCAGCCAGUCGCCGUCUGCCGCCACAAAGCAGCACAAUAAGCAGAGGAGAAGAGGCAAGCAAGCGAGCGAGCAAGCGGUGAGUUCUUGGCGAAGGUGGGACAGCAAAGGCCAAAAGCGAGCACGCAGUUGUGCGGUGGUGGCCACCACUCGUACACUCACACAGACACGCGCGCAUACACCGAGCAGCGCGCCGCACACACACGCACAAGGGAAAACACACACAGACAGGCGGAUAGAAGGGAACGCGCAGAGCAGCAACAGCCAGAAUCCAUAACCGCGAUGACAAGUCAUCACCACGGCGUCGGCAGCUUUCAGCCGCAGCUGCAACACCACCAGCACCAUCAGCACCAGCUACGCGCCCCAAUUGUAAAGAACCUCUCGCUGGCGGCAGCCGCUGAGCCAUUGCAUCUGGGGUCGGCCUCAGCAUACUUCACGCAUGUGCUGCCGCCAAAUACGGCGCCCACCAUUGGGACGGAGCAGGAUCCGUACACCAGCGUCCUGGAGGGAUCCGAUCACAUCGGUACGGAGAACGAGAGCUUCUUGAUCGAGGAGAUAAUCGACGAUUACGAUGACGAGGCGAACAUUGUUGUGGACACCGGCGAAUUCUUCAUCGCCGGUGAUGUCUACGAGUACUACCCGGUGGAUCGGCUGGACAGGCUCACCUCGGUGGCCACGGCGGAUGCACUGCCACCGCCCAUCAUUAUGCAGCAGACCAGCGACGACGAGGACUACAUUGAAGAGGACGGUAUGCAGAUGUCCUCCUCCUGUGACGGCGACGGAGAUGUGGAGGAUGACGAGCCAGAUACGGAUGCCGCACCAGCAAUGACGAACGCCUUCGAGAUCGCCUCCGAGAUGCUGACCACCAUUGAGGCAACAAACAUAAAGGAGGAGCAACUGGAGAACGAGUUCUACAUGAAGGCAGGCGAGGAUUCGAAUAGCUCCAAUAACCAGCUGCAGGAUUUCAAGCUGUUCGGAACAAGUCGCGUGGAAUCACGGCCAAUGGGCGUCAAUUCGGCCACCAAGCGAUGGAAACAGACAAAAGUACCCAUACGGAUUACCCAGGAUGAGUUCAAUGUCACUUUGUGGUCCUCUUUAAAUUCUGAAGACGAAGACGAGGAGGAGGAGCUUGAGGAACCUCCUGGCUCGACUGUUGGUACACCGACGGCCUCCGCAUCAGCAUCCAACGUCGCCCGGAGCGAUGAAGGCGGCUCCCCUAGCAUGCCAAAGCUGAUCAUCGAUGAACAUAUGAUCAACCACGACGUGCUGAGCGACGGGAUUGGUAACGAGUACGUCAUCCUGCCUGAUCCAUUCAGCACCUCCUCGGUAACGGACGUCGAGGAGGUGGUCAAUGCAUUUAUGGGCGAUGUCAAGGGCGAGGAGGACAGCCAGCCUCUGAGCGAGCAGUUCAUCUAUGCGGACAACCAGCUGGACGAGGCGUACGGCAAUAUUGAGCUCAUCGAGAAUAUGCCCAACAACGUGGAGUUAAUGCAGGUACCUUCGGGUCCAGCAACGGCUUCGGGCCACCUGUCUGCGUCCGGCGUGGCCAAGAUCAAUGGAUGCGUGGCGUCUCCUCAGGCAUGUCUACCGAAACUGGUCCUUCAAAACAGCAGCACCAAUGUGCGACUGAAAAGUGGCGGCAGUCAGUCAAAGGUGGCCAAGAGGCAGCUCAGUACAGCGCUGCCGGUGGCUACACCAACGCCACCGCCGCCACUGGUCCCUGCUAGCAUUCUAACCCGGCCGAGGCCCACCAAUGUGGCUAAAACCCCAACCGGACAAGGAGCAACAGGGACAGUAAACCAGACAACUGCGGGAGCAGCGGGUGCCGCUGGCGAGGAGGAUGAGGAACCCAAGUUCCGCUGCUCCCAUCGCGGCUGCAACAAGGAGUUCCGGAACCAUUCGGCCAUGCGCAAGCACAUGCACACGCACGGCCCGCGCGGCCAUGUGUGCAACGUGUGCGGAAAAAGCUUCGUGGAGAGCUCCAAGCUAAAGCGCCACCAGCUGGUACACACUGGCGAGAAGCCCUUCGAGUGCACCUUUGAGGGCUGCGGCAAGCGCUUCUCCCUGGACUUCAAUCUGCGCACCCACGUCCGGAUACAUACCGGUGAUCGGCCGUACCACUGUCCCAUUGACGGCUGCUCCAAAUGCUUCGCCCAGUCGACGAACCUCAAGUCGCACAUGCUGACGCACACGAAGCCGAAACGGAAGUGGCCGCGAACGCCGCAGGUCAGCAACAACAACAAUAGCAACAGCAGCAGCAACAACAAGGCGCCGCUGGUGGCCAGGUACGGGCGCCUGGAGUUUGGAGAGGAUCCUCGUCUGGUUUACGUCGAUCAGAACGGGGUGAUGCUGCUGGGUGAGGCGUCACCCACAUCCUAACUAGCAGUGCGAAUCGAUGUCUCGCUGGCCCUGGUCCUGGCCUGAGAGCAGGACACUGAGAGGCAGCGAGAGCGGGAAAAUGUACAGUUAGUUGUAGCCAGUUUUUAUCUGUAUCUGUAAACCUAUUGAGCGGAUGAUCUUCAGCGCGCGCGUAAUUCUCACCUGGUGAGAACAUCCGCCGCCUGUCGCCCUCUUAAGUAACUAGUAGUAAGCUUCUCUUCUCUAACAAAUCGGCUUGCAGUGCAACGGAACCUAGAUUAUAGCCAUGAUUAUAUAUGUUUCCUUCGUGGAUGGAUAGAGGAUCAGCGAAUGGAUGAACAGCUUAGUAUGUAGCGUAGGUGUAAGUAAUCCCCCCAAAUUUUUAAUCCGAAGAACCCAGCCAGACUGCCCCCCCUUAAACAAUAAUAAUCAAUAGCCACAAUCCGAUCUGAUUCUGAUACGUGUGCGGUCUUCGCUCGAAUAACAAAACGCGCGCACGCUCUUUUCUACAAAAACAAAAACACAACAAACAAAUAAAAAAACUAGAUUCUAACAAUAUUCAGUAAUGCAUACACCAUAGGCUAUCUAUAUAUAUAUUUUUGUAAUGAAUUGUAACACUUAGAGAGCAUUGAAGUACGGAGUUUGAGUACCGAUUUACCAUAGAGGAAGCAAACAAUUCACAAAUGGAAGGAAGCACUUCAGUUAAGUCGGAAUAAAACAAGGGAAUACCUCUUCAAAAUUAAACGAAAAAUAAAACAAGGAAAAACAAUGCAA